AUGACUUCAAUUCUGAGGGCUCCAACUCAAUCGACCGAGGAAAAUUCUCAAGAGCCCGGAAAUUCGCCACGGAUCCUAGAAGUCCGACAAUAUGAAUCGAUCGAGUUCGAACAUGCGCUGCAGCAUCCGAAAAACGUGCUGAUCAACGCGUAUGUCAUCCGCAAGGCGCUGAUCCGGAAACACUACCUCCUGCGCACGGUGGAGAACUGGCGGGUCAAGCAUCCGGACAGCGUGCUCGCGCGGCAUUUCAAGGCGGGGGUGGACUUCGAGGUGGACUUUGCAGAGUUUCUGGAUGAUGCGCUGGUCGAAGCGUAUGAGCUGCACGAGAGUUUCGCCAAAAAUGAGACCGCUCCGAGAGAGGAGAGGGAGUGGUGGAUCUUGAAGCCGGGGAUGAGCGAUCGGGGGCAGGGGAUCCGGCUGUUUAGUUCGAUGGAAGAGCUGCAGGAGAUUUUCGAGGAGUGGGAAGAGGAGGAGCCGUUGACGGACGAAGAGGAGGAGGAUAUCCGCAGUCAGGACGGCGAUGGGGAGAAGGCACUCGCAUAUGGCGACGGCAUCAUCACGUCGCAGCUGCGGCAUUUCAUCGCGCAACCAUACAUCCACCCGGCCCUCCUCUUCGCCUCCGAAGGGAACCGAAAGUUCCAUAUUCGCACCUACGUCCUCGCGGUGGGCGGGCUGAACGUGUACGUCUACCGCGACAUGCUGGCGCUCUUCGCUGCGGAGGAAUACCGAGCGCCGUGGGAUUCCACUGAUCUGCGAGGACAUCUGACCAACACGUGUCUACAAGAUUCGAGUGUGCAUGAGGGAAGCGUGCGGCGGUUCUGGGAUCUGGACGAGGUUUUGCCCAAUGCGACGGGCACGGGAGAGCCAGGGGAAUGGAAGGAGAAGGUGUUCGAGCAGAUCUGCGAACUCACCGCCGAGACGUUUGAGGCGGCGGCGAGAGGCAUGUCGAUACAUUUUCAGACACUACCGAAUGCGUUUGAGGUGUUUGGAUUGGACUUUAUGUUGGACGGCGAGGCGAACCCGUGGUUACUGGAGAUCAACGCGUUUCCGGAUUUCCGACAGACGGGGGAUGACUUGAUGGGAGUGGUUCAGGGGUUCUUCGACGACACGAUCGAUCUCGCCGUCAAGCCGUUCUUCGGGAUCGAGAAGAGCGUGGACGACGGACGGAACUCAAGACAUGUGCUCGACAUUGAUCUCGGUCGUCGGUGA